AUGUCCAACUCGGAUCGCGACUCAGCUCAUGCUUCAGACAUUAGUUGGCCUUUAGAGCGGACAGAGAAUCAACAGAAUGGCGGACCACGAACUAGCACCCCUGCUCUACCAUCGCUGGACCCAAGCUUCACGGUGGGGGGGCCGAAAGCGUUGAGUAGUAUAUCGAGUCGAGCAUUCUUUCUUGGAGUUGCUUUCGGAAUCAUGAGCAUCAUAGCGGUGGAGCUGGCUUAUUUGGGGACGCCUUUCUGGAGGGCACCUUGUUUCAUUGCAACAUUGUCAAUAUUUCACUUCCUUGAGUUCUACACCACUGCCCGCUACAACCCUGCUGACGCCAAGUUGUCAUCCUUCCUGCUUUCAUCAAACGGGUCAGCAUACAAUAUCGCUCAUACCUCGGCAUUAAUCGAAUUUUCUACAAGACAGUGGCUACUAUCCAACCGAAGACUGCCGUGGUUGAAGAUGCCCUUCCAGUUGCCAACGUUUCUCCCGGCUCUUCCGCCAGAGUGGUAUCUUGUCCUUGGAUUUAUGCUGGUAGCUGUUGGGCAAGGUGUCAGAACUGCCGCAAUGGUAGAGGCAGGAAAGAGCUUCAACCACAUUGUUCAGUCACGAAAGAGGGAUGACCAUGUCUUAAUCAAGAGUGGAAUCUACCGCAUCUUGAGGCACCCAUCGUAUUUCGGAUUCUUCUGGUGGGGGCUGGGAACGCAAGUCUUGCUGGGUAACCACAUCUGCUUUUGGGCAUAUACUGCAAUUCUAUGGAAAUUCUUUGCAUCUAGGAUCAUGAAGGAGGAGAAGUUCCUUGUCAAGUUCUUUGGUCAAGAUUAUGUCCAGUAUCGGGAGCGCACACCUGUGCUUAUUCCUUUCAUCAGGUAA